GCCCCACCUCAGCCCUGACCCCGGACCCGCCAUUGGCCGGCCUCUCGGGUGCCCUCCGCCCCGGCCUCCCCGCGCCCCGGCCCUGCCUUUGGCCACACUCCCGGUUCCAACGGCCCCCGCCUCGGUUUCCCUUCCGCCCCGGGCCCUCCUCGGCCCUUCUUCCCCUUCUGCCUCCUCCGGCGGCCGGGCCACCUCUCAGCCUCGCUCGGCCCAGCCUCCCCUCUCGUCCCGUCGCUGCCCAAGCCACCUGGCUCCGGUCCCUUCCGGGAGCGGCCGCACCCACGACGGCGCUCCUUCCCUGCAGGCCCUGGAGGUCCCCUCCCCAUGCAAACACAUGCUCCCCGUCCGAGAGCAGAGGCCGCCUCCCGGACCUGCUUCCUGCCCCCACCCACUCACCCCUCCCCGGGCCCUUGGCUUCCCCUAAUCCACACCCCCACAGGUUCCAGCCCCUUCUCAGCCUCCCUUCCGGCCCUGUCCAGCCGCCCACCUGCUUCCCACCGGGCUCUAGACCAGUCUUGACACUUCCCCAUCCACGCUGCCUCCGAGCCGUCAGAAGGGCCCCGCUCGUUCCGUUUUCCCCCGCCGCCGUCGUUCUCCCCACCGGGAGGAAGUCACUUGCCUCAGUGGCAAGAACCAGCGUGCUUUCCAGGAGCUUGGACUAAAGCCCUGGAGGUGUGCACUGUGGUCGAGUCCCUGGCUGGUUCCCGGGAGGAUUGGGCCAGAUGGGGGAGGUCUUUCCUCCCCGGUGCAGUUCAGGGCACGCAGGCGGCAUUGCAGGGCGGUGAGGUGGCUCUCGGAUCUGUCCAGGGUCUGUAUCCCACGCCUGCGGCUGGAAUGGAGGCUUUCUGGACCCUUUAGAAGGCUCCCCCACUCUCCUGAGGUCAGCCGAGUAGUUAAUGCGGAAGGUUAAGAAGCUCCGCCUGGAUCACGACCACACAGAAGGUUGGAGAAGCUUGUCGCUGAAUUCUGAGGGGACGGAGAGGAUGGCCACUGGGGCGCCAGCGUCUGAGCGGGGUGACGCGGUCGGGACGGAGGACCCGGCCUCCCGCUUCCAGGUGCAGAAACACUCGUGGGACGGGCUCCGGAACAUCAUCCACGGCAGCCGCAAGAACUCGGGCCUCAUCGUCAACAAGGCUCCCCACGACUUCCAGUUCGUGCAGAAGACAGACGAGUCGGGCCCCCACUCCCACCGCCUGUACUACUUGGGGAUGCCUUAUGGCAGCCGCGAGAACUCCCUCCUCUACUCAGAGAUCCCCAGGAAGGUCCGGAAGGAGGCUCUGUUGCUCCUGUCCUGGAAGCAGAUGCUGGAUCACUUCCAGGCCACUCCCCACCACGGAGUCUACUCUCGGGAGGAAGAGCUCCUUCGGGAACGGAAGCGCCUGGGGGUCUUUGGCAUCACCUCCUACGACUUCCACAGCGAGAGCGGCCUCUUCCUCUUCCAGGCCAGCAACAGCCUCUUCCACUGUCGGGACGGGGGCAAGAACGGCUUCAUGGUGUCCCCCAUGAAGCCCCUGGAAAUCAAGACCCAGUGCACCGGGCCCCGCAUGGACCCCAAGAUCUGCCCUGCCGACCCCGCCUUCUUCUCCUUCAUCAACAACAAUGACCUGUGGGUGGCCAACAUUGAGACGGGCGAGGAGCGGCGGCUGACCUUCUGCCAUAGAGGCUCACCCAGUGUCCUCGAUGACCCCAGGUCUGCGGGCGUGGCCACCUUCGUCAUCCAGGAAGAAUUCGACCGCUUCACCGGCUACUGGUGGUGCCCUGCCGCCUCCGGGGAGGGUCCGGAAGGCUGUAAGACGCUGCGGAUCCUGUAUGAGGAAGUUGACGAGUCUGAGGUGGAAAUUAUUCAUGUGCCCUCUCCCGCGCUAGAAGAAAGGAAGACGGACUCCUACCGAUACCCCAGGACAGGCAGCAAGAAUCCCAAGAUCGCCCUGAAGCUGGCCGAGUUUCAGACCGAUAGUCAGGGCAAGAUCGUGGCGACCCAAGAGAAGGAGCUGGCACAACCCUUCAGCACGCUCUUCCCCAGGGUGGAGUACAUCGCCAGGGCCGGGUGGACCCGGGACGGCAAAUACGCCUGGGCUAUGUUCCUGGACCGGCCCCAGCAGCGGCUCCAGCUUGUCCUCCUCCCCCCGGCCCUGUUCAUCCCCGCCACCGAGGAUGAGCAGGAACGGGUGGCCUUGGCCAGAGCGGUGCCCAGGAACGUCCAGCCGCACGUGGUGUACGAGGAGGUCACCGACGUGUGGAUCAACGUUCAUGACAUCUUCUACCCGUUCCCCCAGUCCGAGGGAGAGGGCGAGCUCUGCUUCCUCCGUGCCAACGAGUGCAAGACCGGCUUCUGCCACUUGUACAAGGUCACCGCCAUCUUAAAGCCCGGAGGCUACGACUGGAGUGAGCCCUUCAGCCCCAGGGAAGAUGAAUUUAAGUGCCCCAUCAAGGAGGAGAUCGCGCUGACUAGCGGCGAGUGGGAGGUUUUGGCAAGGCACGGCUCCAAGAUCUGGGUCAACGAGGAGACGAAGCUGGUGUACUUCCAAGGUACGAAGGACACGCCCCUGGAGCAUCACCUGUACGUGGUCAGCUAUGAGUCGGCGGGCGAGAUCGUGCGCCUCACCACACCCGGCUUCUCCCACAGCUGCUCCAUGAGCCAGAACUUCGACAUGUUCAUCAGCCACUACAGCAGCGUGGGCACGCCGCCCUGCGUGCACGUCUAUAAGCUGAGCGGCCCCGACGACGACCCUCUGCACAAGCAGCCCCGGUUCUGGGCCAGCAUGAUGGAGGCGGCCAGCUGCCCCCCGGAUUACGUGCCCCCCGAAAUCUUCCAUUUCCACACGCGGUCGGACGUGCGGCUCUACGGCAUGAUCUACAAGCCACACGCCGUGCAGCCAGGAAGGAAGCACCCCACUGUCCUCUUUGUGUAUGGAGGCCCCCAGGUGCAGCUGGUAAACAACUCCUUCAAAGGCAUCAAGUAUUUGCGGCUCAACACGCUGGCAUCCCUGGGCUAUGCCGUGGUCGUGAUCGAUGGCAGGGGCUCGUGUCAGCGGGGGCUUCGGUUCGAAGGAGCCCUGAAAAACCAAAUGGGCCAGGUGGAGAUCGAGGACCAGGUCGAGGGCUUGCAGUUCGUGGCCGAGAAGUACGGCUUCGUCGACCUGAGCCGGGUUGCCAUCCACGGGUGGUCGUACGGAGGCUUCCUCUCGCUCAUGGGGCUGAUCCAUAAGCCCCAAGUGUUCAAGGUGGCCAUCGCGGGCGCCCCGGUCACAGUCUGGAUGGCCUACGACACCGGCUACACUGAGCGCUACAUGGACGUCCCGGAGAACAACCAGCUCGGCUACGAGGCGGGUUCUGUGGCUCUGCACGUGGAGAAGCUGCCCAAUGAGCCCAACCGCCUGCUGAUCCUGCACGGCUUCCUGGAUGAGAACGUGCACUUUUUCCACACAAACUUCCUCGUCUCCCAGCUGAUCCGAGCCGGAAAACCUUACCAGCUCCAGAUCUACCCCAACGAGAGACACAGCAUCCGCUGCCCCGAGUCCGGCGAGCACUAUGAAGUCACGCUGCUGCACUUUCUACAGGAGUACCUCUGAGCCCCGCGCCCUGGGGCCUGCACAUUCAGAGCACAAGUGGCUUCGCCGCCGCCGCCGCCGCCGCCGCCUCCGCCGCCACCGCAGGGGGAGCGGGCGGGAGGGGCCGAGUGGCCCCCGAAGGCCCCUCCACUCGGCGCCUCCUCCCGCCGCCCCCGCUGGCCAGCCCCGCCCCGGGGCCUCCGCCUUCGCCGCCCCCGCGCCUUUUAUCAUUGUUUUAAUGCUCCUGGCUGUUUUGCCUGCUGCUUCUCGGUGGCCAGGACGGCGACCUGAGGCCCGCGUCCCAGAGGCGCGUCCUCAAGCCAUCCCCUCCUCUCCACGCUGUCCGGGAGCCCCGACUCCGCCGCGCACGGGGCGGGGGGUGUGGAGGGGGGCGAAGACCCUGGGGGGACCGGGCCUCCGUCGCGGGGCCUCCCCACCCGGCCCCCGGCCCCGGCCCGCAGCGCGCCGGCCGCCACCGAAGCAUGCGACUGCCUUGCCCUCCAGCCCCGCCCACUUCAUGUCGCGUUCUGUUGGGGGGGCGCUUCUGACGACUAUUUAAGAGACCGAGCAGAGCAGAGGGUGCCUAAACCGGGGAUGGGGUCCGCCGCCAGCCCCGGGCGGGCUCCCGUGCUCUCCCGGCCCGGAGCGGGGAGCCUCCUGCCCGGCUCUGAAGCGCGCGCAGACCGGGGGCUCCGGGCUUGGGACGGAGCCGUCCCCGCCUCAGGGUUCGCCUUCCCCCUCCCCUCCCCUCCCCGCCAAGACUCCUGCCUGCCGGGGGGGGCGGGCGAAAAGGAAAACAAAAGAAGCAAAAAAACAAAACAAAACAAAAACCACACACACAAACGAAAACCCCCACCGGAAACGAACCACCUCUACAUAUUAUGGAAAGAAAAUAUUUUUGUCGAUUCUUAUUCUUUUAUAAUUAUGCGUGUAAGAAGUAGACUCAUUAAACAAUUCCGGACGGAAGCGCUGCCACCUGCCUAAGGUUCCUUCCCAGCCCCGGGGCCGCUGAUGGCUGUGCCUCUGCCUGGGCGGGUCCCGGGAGGCGACCGAGCCGCGAGCCGCCCGGGCUGGAGGGUGCCCCGCCCCCAUCAGACUGGUCCCGUCGAGGACCGCCGCGGGGUCCUGAUGCAGCCACUGCAAGUCGCCUAGGGACCCAGCCCAGGAUGUCACGGCCGGCCUGGUCCAGCCCACAGACUUCCUCAGGGCCACAGCGUAAGCCAAGGUGCAAGUCCUUCUGGUGGUCACUCUGCCCUGGCCGCCUUCACUUCCUUUGGUGCCUGUGUUUGUCCAGAGGCUUGACUCCGUGGUUGGGGCAUCGGGAAAUGCCGACCGAGGAGGGCAGGCCGUUCCCCUCUCACGUCUGACCCAGCAGCCCUGACCCAGGGAGACCGGAGACUGCCUGAGCAGGUGGCACUCUGGUACAUGAGUUCCUAACAGCAGGGUGGCCUCUCCUUGCGCCUUCACCCUCUCCGUACUUCGGGAAGCCCCGCUUUUAUUUUUAAUGGCUUAAAAAAUAUAAUAAAACUUGAGUGCAAAAGCA